AUGAGACCAGCAAGCCUCUCUGAAACAGUGUUUCUUCAAAUCGUGCUUUGUCUGGCGCUCACUUACAGUGUCAAGAGCCAGGGACUGUGCCAAAACUUUUACUUUGUGUUGAACAAUCACGUGGUCGAUGGACAUGCCCUUGAAGGACAUGUUGUGCAAAGGCGCACCGUAAAUACCGCUGCACAGUGUCACGUGAUGUGCAAAGACAACUGCCAGUGUGUCUCUUUUAACUAUCUACCAAGUGACCAAGAAAACAACUGUGAGCUGAAUGAUGCUAAUAAGGUGAUGAAACCAGAUGCGCUUAAAGUCAAAUCAAGAGCACAGUACUAUGGAUUGGUCAGAAGCUACAUUAUGGAGGUAAAUUGAACGUCUUUUAGGGCAUUUAUCUGACAGGCUGUGUCGUUCGAGGAAAGUGAAAAACAGUCGAACCUCCCGCUAACGGCUACCUGUCAGUCUUAACAUUGACUCUUGCUUAAACCUGUGUACAACGGCCACUUUCCUUUCUCCUUAACGUGGCCAUUGUGGGUAGGUUCAGCUGUAUCUAAACACUUGUUGCAAACGGCGAUGAAUAUUUUUGACUACACUACACAGUCUUCAUAAAAGGGUUGCACCAAUGGUUUUUCUCCAAAUCGUUUCAUUAGAGCCUUAUCUACCUCUAAAACCGAACAGAACCAGUUCCAGCCAACUAAAAACUAACAGAGUAAAUUCACUCCAAGCCAAGCUAGCAAGCUACACUGAACUACAGCAACUACACCAAAGCACACUAACCACUCUAAGCCAAUAGCAAACUACAUGCCAUGGUGGGCAUAUAGGACGCCUAAUACGGCCUCUUAUAGCCUGCUAGCAAGGUCUCCUUCUCGCGACUUCCACAAAUGGAGAGCUUGCUGGCAAGCUAGGCUUCCUAGGGAACUUCUUUUGCAGUUUUUAUCCGUUUGUGUUCAAAGUUUGCAGGAUGGUAGGAGUUAGAGUUCUAAACAACCGCAUGUUUUUUUUUUUCGAUUUUUAAAAAUCAUCAGUGGCAAAAUCUGAGUUUCAACUAUGAUCUAAAAGAUAAAUAACUUAAAGACCACGACGCGAUAGAAUAACUGGCGGCACUGAUAAAACCUAGCACUAAGUUACACCAGUAAUUAACAAAAGCUUGUUCAUUUGUUUCAAUCAUAGUUGAACUCAAAGAUAAAUUCCUUUCCCAUUGUUUGAAAAUAUCUUCUGGAGAUCACAUGCAGAUUAUAGGAGAUCUAAUCGGCGCUGUUGAAGUCAAAGUGUUGACAAGCCAAACACAUAUGUACAAGCUUGGUAGAGUUCAGUGCGAUAGGUGACCACAGAUUUUUGCUCCGGACGAGAAUCUAGGAGAUAAGCGUUGGCUUUUUGUAUAUUUCUCUCUGUUAAGGCUGGAUUAGAUGUCAUCUGCUCAUAAAGUUGUUCUUUGGGUGAUGCAACAGUGGGGUUACCUUGUAACUGAAAUCAAUAGUCCACUUCCCAGAUCUGGAAGUCUGCUGUGAUCGGUCUACGUUUUUUUCGCUCACAUCAGCAGACGUUAGUGGGGCAGGAAUGCGUGACGAACCCCUAAGAACGUCUGCGUGGGAGGCUAUGAUGUGGCCGACCGAUUCAGCCAUUCUAUGCCAGUCUCAUCUCCCGUAGUUUCAUACUUAUCGACGAUAACCCCAUGGCGCUAGAAGAAUUUGAAAAUCUCUACACUGCGCUGCGCUCUUCUCUCAAGUGAAAGAUUUCUUUUGCUUUAGUUCGCAGAUUAAUCUUUAAUAUUAGGUAGAAAUAGUCCAGUCAAAUUGUGAUUUAAUAUCACACUAAUUUGCUACAUAAUUUUUUUCCGCGCCAUUUAAUUGUUGGAUGGCUACUUAACAACAUACUAAGAAUCCGCCAAAAUCCGUUCGGUGAAACAUGACAAACUGAUUGGCAGUAAAGAUUUUCUACUUUCUCCACAGGAAGCCCAGUUACAGGAAAAUCACAAAUGCAGGCAAAUCACCUGUUAAUUGUGUUGUUGUUUUUUUUUCUUAAGAAUCUUAGAUACAACCUUGCUGAUGUGUAUUCUGGGUAGUCUUGUUUUAAAAUACUCCGAAUCGUUUAAGAAACACCUGGGUUUUUGUUUCGUCUUGACGGCUUUGCACAGGUUACCCAGUCACGCGUCUCUCUUCACAUUCACAGUUUUCCAAGCGUAGAUUUUUUCUAUUACGGUAUUUCAAAGGGAAGUUGGACAGUCUGUGUUAAGAUGGUUAAAAAUAUGAAUUAUUUUUAUUUUAUAAAUCAGAUUUUUUUUCACUAAACAGUAGUUUUAAUGGCUGAUAUUUAAAAUAUCACAUCAAACUGUUUUCCAUCAUUUGCCUACUAAAUCUGCAUCCAUGCAUGCUGCAGGAUACGUGCGACUAAAUGUUUGCAACGGACGAUAGCUUUGUAUCAGUACAAACUGUUUAACCUGUUCGUCUUUGUUGUAAUCAAGUUUUGUGAAGUAGGUAUGUUCAAAACUUGGACACAAUAUGAGUGAUCGAAAACUAGGAUAUUUCUUUAUUUUGCGACACGCGCCACCUCCUUUCGUCUAUUAUAUUUUACAAUAUGAGUGAAUAAAUGUGAUUGUUCUUUUUUUAAUAUUGUUUUUUUGUAGCGAGUCUCAGAUUUAGUUUAGUGUAUCUGUGUGUUCAGUUUGUUUUUUCUGCGGCAGCCCUACUUUUCUUGGUGAAAUGAAUAGUAGCUUUAUCGCUCCUUCGUCUCAAGGCGUUUACAUUCCCUGCUGAAUUUUUUUUUUGUGAGAACUACCCCGAACCCUGACCAUUCGGCAAAUGAAGACCUCUUUUUCUAUAACGUUCAUGGGAUCCGCAGUUUAUGUCUGAAAAUAAUUGCAGUGGUUAAUGAAGGCGAGAAAGUCACAACUAGACAUGCUUCUGGCUCACCUCUUUUUGCGGAGGCUGUUUUUAUCUUCGGUAGAGCGUUGCGUAACAUGGCUUCAACUCACUGCAUGCGAGUUCCAUCAAUCAUGAUAGACUCUUACAAGAUUUUAUAUAUGCAUUUCUUCGGCUACCCAGAGUUAAUCUUUCUCUCAAAAACUGCUUCCCUAUUAUAUUAUUUCGUUUGACAUAAAACAAACUUUGCUGGAACCAAAGUUCUCAUUCGAUGAAUCUUCCUUUAUCCUUCAUUAUUCUCUUGGCGAAAGUAACAACACUUUUUUCGUAAAGGAAAACCGGUUAUUUCCGUCAGGUCUGAUCGAGUUCAUAAGCAUUGGAUAUUAACCUGCUAAAAACCUUUAUAUUGCUUCAUGUGCAUCGUAAAGAAUGAGUAAAAGUACACUCCGCUCCGCUCCAAUUCACUUUUAACAAGAAGAUAACUAAAAGCUUCCUGUCACUGUAGGUGACACAGUGGUAAAGACGAAAUCAGUUGUGCGAAAUCUUGGGUCAUUGUUUGAUCGUAAUCUAGAUAUGUCAUCACACAUAAGUAAGCAAUGCGCCUCGGCACUCUAUCAUUUGCAUAAUAUAAGUCCGAUCCGUAGGUUUUUAAGUAAGAUACCACUAAAGCCCUCGUACAUGCGUUUGUUACCUCGCGCGUAGAUUAUUGUAAUAGUCUUCUAUAUGGCUUGCCAGCUUCUCACCUGAAUAAGGUUCAGCGCGUUUUAAAUACCGCAGCAAGACUAGUUUGUCGCGCGCCACGCUACUGUCGCAUAACGCCGUUGCUGUACGAGCUGCACUGGUUACCGGUUAGGCAACGCAUUAGUUUUAAGAUUCUACUAUUUGUUUUUAAGGCCAUCCAUGGAUUCGCGCCAACGUAUUUAAGAGAACUUGUGUCAAUUAAAAGAUCAGGAAAUUAUAAUUUAAGAUCCUCUCUCCUCGGAUGGUUUGUUGCUUGCAACGCCAACUUAUAGAAGUAGGGUUACAUUAGGAGACAGAUCAUUCCAGGUCGCAGCUCCGGCACUUUGGAAUGUAUUACCGCGUGAGAUUCGUUCUAUUACAGAUUUAGGGAUUUUUAAGUGCCAUCUGAAAACGCACCUCUUUAGGGAAGCUUUUUAUUAAUUUAUUAAUUUAUAAUUUUUGUCACGAUGAUUACUAGUAUCUUAACAUAUGUUGUAUAUUUUAAUUUUUAUCAUGGUAUAUUUUAAAUAAUUAGUAGUUAGAUACCCUGUAUUAAAUUAUUAUAGAUAGAAAUCUUGUAAUGCGCGUGAGCAUCAUUUUAUGGAAAGCGCGCAAUAUAAGAAUUAAAUUAUUAUUAUUAUUAUUAUUAUUAUUAUUAUUAUUAUUAUUAUUAUUCUUAGAAAAUGAAAGUUGUGUAUUUGCGGAUGCCGGCACGUUAACGAAAAUUAACGCAUAGCUAACCGUUAAAGCCAAAACAUUAUCUAGCUGGAUUUUUGAAAACGUACGUAAGGAAAUUGCAAUCGCAGAAAAAGACCAAAAGCCGGAGACAAAUGAAGAAAGGAAAAAGAAAAGGAAAGGAAAAGGAAAAAAAAAUAGAAAUAGCAAAGAGAAAGAAAGGAUGAGAAGAAAAAAAUCAACGACUGCACUCUUACUUUUUAUGUUGAAGCACCUAUUCUUUUUUUUCUAAGUUUUCCGUAAAAGAGACACACAUUUCUUUUUUUUUGCGUUUUUCAUUUGAAUGUAUAAUUUCAACUUACGUACGUGGGUGUCCUGUGUUUAAAGCUCAAAAUGUCUAACGCUCAUUUUUGACAUGUUUCACAGAACGGAUUUUGGCGGAUUUUUAGUAGAUUGCUAAGUACCCACCGCUACUUAGAUGGCGUUGAAUAAACUCUGUUGCAACUAGUUUGAUGUUGAGCCUCAAAAAUGCCUGGAUUGACUGGACUAAAACAAGAAAAAAAAAUACAAGCAAUAUGAUACUAAAUAAAUACAGUUUUCUUUGUGAACAGAGUGGAAAGAAAUACACUCCAGAGAAGGAUCGUUGUGUUAACAGAUGUUGUCAACCUAAUCCAUGUUUUCACGAAGGGAGUUGCCAGGAGAUUUGUGAUCCCAUAGGGGCCAGGUUUAAUUGCACCUGUCCCGCUAAUUACGUCGGUACACGUUGUGAGCUCAGGUGUUAUUCAAGCUGCAAAGACGUUUUUCAAAACAACGUGACCAAAUCUGGAAGAUACGUAAUCUGCGAUGGGCAACAACUGCCAUUUUACGUUUACUGCGACAUGGAAUCUGACCCUAAGUUUCUAUGGACUCUUAUACAGACAUUUUCGUUGUCGCACAAACAUUUAUUUGAAAACAAGCCAUUUGUCAUGAAUCAUCCUAUCAACAUGAAGAGCUGGAACGUUAACUGGACAGCCUACCGUUUGUCCUUGCCUCAAAUGCAGUAUCUCAAAAAGCAGUCGACUCGUUUGAGAGUCACUUGUAAUUUUGCAAACGAAGGACUUGUAUACACUGACUACGCAAUUGCCCCACUACAACAACAUAGACUAUUCUCGAUCUUUUCUCACCAAUGCAAGUGGUAUUAUCAUCUCAACAUUCGAGGAAUCCAGUGCUCGGCAUGUACUGCAGUAACUAAUCAAAGAGAGGGCCGUUCUUGGUUUAUCAACAGCUACGCAAGCAAAUAUGAGGCUGGGUGUACCUUUGAUGGCAGACCAGGCAUGAGAAAACAAGAGCACAAUUUCGGAUGGUAUAGGGAUGGCAGAAUAAACUCAAAACACCGAUGUUCAUCUUCUCUUUCUUCAACAACCGAACACUGGUUAGGUAUAAGCAAUUCUUAA